AUGCAGCCCACUGAGAGCACAGAACUCCACUACCUACUUGCUCCAAACCAAAAUCAACUCCCUACUCAUUUUGAUUUGAGCAACAACGUUAACGACCCCAGUUCUGCAUUCCAGCAGUUUCCCACCACACUUUCCAACCCUUUAUACCAUCAUCUCCUCCAAAUGAAUCCCCAAGUUCAAGACUUCAUCAUCUCCCAACCGGCAUGCUACUUUAGCAGCAACUCAACCACCUCUGACGAAGCCGAGGAGCAGCAACAGAACCUGAUGAUAAACGAGAGGAAACAGAGACGAAUGAUAUCCAACCGGGAGUCCGCAAGGCGGUCCCGCAUGCGCAAGCAGAGGCACCUGGAUGAGCUUUGGUCGCAGGUGGUUUGGCUCCGGAACGAAAACCACCAGCUCUCGGGCAAGCUAAACCACGCCACGGAACGCCAUGGUCAGGCAGUUCAAGAGAACGUUCAGCUCAAAGAAGAAGCCACCGGGCUUCGCCAAAUGCUCACACACAUUCAAUUUCACUGCCCUUUUCCUGCUGCCGCUUAUCCUCAAAGUUAA